UAGCAAGGGUUAAAAGAAAAAUGCCAUACCUUAGUAAAAGACAUAAAAAAUCUCGAUAUAAUUUUGUUGAUAAUUGUAUGGGUGGUAAUAAUUCUAAUACAAGUUUAGUUAAUACUUCGCAGUUUACUAUGUCUCAAGAUGAUGAUCAGAUAGUAUCAUCUCAAAAUGUUAGUGGAAAUGAUAUUAAUUCUGAUAAAUUAGACUAG